UCCAAAAAUAAAGAAGAAAAUAAGAAAUGGAGACGAGAGAAAGGGAUAUAGAGCGUUUAAUGCCCAUUCAAGCAAUAAAAAAUAGAGAUAAUAAUAACACUGGAUUCUCUAAUUCAUCUUCUGAAACUGUUUCUCCUCUUGUUUCUUCUUCUCAUCACUCAGCUGGCAGAGAGGCAUUUUGCAAAGUGAUUCGUAGCUGGGCUUCAAAAAAGUUUAUGACAGGAUGGUUAGCUCUUCUCUACUUGAUGACAUAUAACAUUGGUUUUUCCCUUCCUAUUCAAUUCUAAUUCAAAUUUUUGAUGUCAUGUUUAUGCUAUACACAAACAGAAUGGGUUUCUUAAACUUGAAAUUUGCAUUUACUUUUCUCAAGAAGUUUCACAAUUCUUAUGAAUUACAUGUAUUUCAUUUAUCGCACAAAAAUAUAUUUAUUUUCCUUAAUAUUCGUUCCAAGUUACAUGUUUCUUUUUAAUCCAUCCCAAUUAUAUAAUUUAGGGUUUGGUGUGUUAAGUGACUAGCAUCUGGUGUUGUUUCGCAGUGUAAUUUUACUUCCUAUAGCCAUCACAUUCUGUGUGACCUGGUGGUUUAUUAGCUUUGUGGAUGGAUUCUUCUCUCCAAUCUAUGCUCAUCUAGGAAUCAAUGUAUUUGCCGUGGUUGGGAGCUUCUGUUCUUAACUUUGGAGAAUGGUUCAUCAAGAAAAUGCCUUUUAUUGGCUAUCUCUACUCUGCCUCUAAACAAAUCAGUGCAGCGAUAGAUCAGAACUCCAAUGCCUUCAAGGACGUGGCCAUCAUAAGGCAUCCGCGUAAUGGAGAAUACGCAUUUGGUUUCAUCACAUCAAGUGUUAUUCUUAGUGGAGGAUUGGGAACAGAGGAACUUUGCUCCAUUUAUGUCUUUACAAAUCACCUUUAUCUUGGAGACGUCUUCCUCAUCAGCUCAACGGAUAUCCUAAGGCCUAAUCUCUCUGUUCGAGAAGGAAUUGAUGAGAGUUUUUCAACUAAGCAAAACAAGCAUAUUUAUUAGCAGUUUAAUUCAAUAUAAUUACCAGUUAGCUAGUAGCAAAGACACUUUCGCAGAAUUUUUAAUGUUCCAAAGCAAAAUAUAAAAUAGUAAUGGAGUUCAUGGGUUAUCAUGUGAGGCAGAAAUUGUCAUCUCGGGAGGAUUGUCGAUACCUAAGAUACUGACUACAUUGGAUGCACAUUCCAUUCGAGCAUCAGGAGUUGGCAAUGUCAUGAUCCCACCAGUAUAGUUGCAGACUUGCAGCCCUUGUGCAAGUUAUGCCUCUUACAGGUUUAUUCUUUUUGACAUGAAGAGACGGGGGGCGUUCCAAAUGAGGUCCACAAACUAGUUGAUUUCCGUAGAUAUGAUCUUUCAGGUGGUUUGUCUGACAAGAGUUCAUCCUUAAAUUCUGGUUUUUUGUAAUUAAGCAAUAUUAGAUUUGGCAAGUCGUAUUUUACCAAUACAAGCGGCCCAGACAAAUGUUGACGGCAGUUAAAA